CCAUCCAAGAAUCUCACUUAUUCUGCCAUUCUUCCAGGUGUUCAUUAAUUAACUAGAACACAUGAUCAUCUCCAUCUCCAUCUCCAUCUCUCUCUUCUAGCAAGCAAAGCUUCCUUUUCUACCAAAAAAAAACCAGUUGCCUUCUCAAACGCAAACCCUGCCAAUCAUGGAAAUAACUCAAACCCUCCUCCUCCUCCCCACUCUGUUUCUCUUCUUCCUCCUGUCAGGGCAACAAGGUUUGCUAGUUUCAGCUGCUCACCGCCACCACACACCCCGCCACCUGUUUGAUUGGCAGCCCACAAAGCUCUUUGUUUUUGGAGAUUCAUACUCUGACACAGGAAACAACAGAAAAUCAGAGGCAAGUUCUUGGAAAUAUCCGUACGGAAUCACAUUCCCAGGCAAACCCAGUGGCCGUUUCUCCGAUGGCCGCGUCCUCACUGAUUUCCUUGCAAAGUUCAUAGGUGUGAAAUCUCCGCUACCAUACAGAUUUAGAAAAAUCGGGGUCCAACAUUUGAAAUAUGGAGUGAAUUUUGCACAUGGAGGCACAGGUGUGUUUAAGACCUUGGUUUUGGACCCUAACAUGACAACCCAGAUUGACUUCUUCCAGAAUCUCAUAAAAAACGACUCUGUCUUCACCCCCAAGGAUCUCCACUUCUCCGUGGCCCUCGUCACGGUUUCCGGCAAUGACUACGCGACUUAUGUGGCCACAAAUGGCUCUGUUCAGGGUUGGCAACCCUUCAUCACAUCAGUAGUAAAUCAAUUGACUGUGAACUUGAAACGUAUAUAUGACUUGGGAGUGAACAAAAUAGUUGUCAUAGCUCUUGAACCUCUGGGAUGUCUCCCUCAGAGCACAGCCGAAUUUUCUUUCCAAAAGUGCAAUGGAACGGAGAACGCCCUUGUCGGUUUCCACAACCUCUUGUUGCAGCAAGCUGUGGCCAAGUUGAACAACGAAACGAACUCUUCUUCUUUCCUCAUUCUCGAUCUUUAUACCUCCUUCACAUCUGUGUUCAAGAACAAAGGCGACCUAGCAGGAAGCAUAAAGUUUGAGAACCCUUUGAGGCCAUGUUGUGUUGGUGUAAGCAGUGGAUAUUAUUGUGGGAGUCUGGAUGCAAAUGGCGCAAAGAAAUAUACCAUUUGUCAAAAUCCUAAAUCUACAUUCUUUUGGGACAAUUCUCACCCUACCCAGCAGGGCUGGCGCGCUGUGUAUUCUACGUUGCGAUCCACACUUGAAGAGCUCUAUACUAAUUAAAGUUUCCAAUAGAAUCUGUGUAUUAAUUCUGUGUCAAACUAGUUAGCUCGUGUUGCAUGCCUUUUCAUCUUAGAUGUCUUUAUGAUUUGUUCAUUUGUUAGGGUUUUGUCAUUCUGUUGUAAUAAUAAUAUCGUAUAUAUAUAUAUAUACGGUUCGGGGCAUAAGUGUUAUGCAUUUAAAUGCAAGUUGCAAGAAA